AUGACAAAGAAAGUGUCAAACAAAAGUCAGGUAACCGAGUUCCUGAUCUUGGGAUUAUCUGACUCAUUGGAACUGAAAGUCCCUCUCUUCCUGCUCUUUCUUCUCAUCUAUCUUAUCACCAUGCUGAGCAACUUCGUAAUCAUUACACUUAUUUGCCUGGAUAGCCACUUACAAAAGCCCAUGUAUUUCUUCCUCUGCAACAUGUCAUUCCUUGAUAUAUUUUACACCACAGUCACAACUCCCAACCUCCUAUACAAUAUUAUCUCAGGUGACCAAAGAAUUUCUUUCAAAGGCUGCAUGACCCAACUAUUCUUCUUUAACUCUUUCGGAAGCAUGGAGUACAUGUUACUGACAGCCAUGGCUUAUGAUCGUUACAUAGCUAUUUGUCAUCCUUUUAGCUAUAAACUGCUCAUGAAUGCAAGAGCCUGUCAAUUGUUAGCUGUCACAGCUUGGUUUGCUGGGUUUUUAGCUGCUGUUCCUCUAAGUGUUCAGAUUUCUUCCCUUACUUACUGUUCUUCCAACAAAAUCAAUCAUUUCUUUUGUGAUCUGACAGCACUGUUGAAGCUAGCUUGUGAUGAUACAUCUUCCACUGAGCUAAUUGUAUUUAGUGAGGGACUUCUAAUUGUCCUCAACUGUUUCUUGUUGACAUUUGCUUCAUACGUUCAAAUUAUUUCUGCCAUUCUAAUGCUUGGCUCUAGUGAAAAUAGAUUCAAGGCUUUCUCAACCUGUGGCUCUCAUCUGACUGUAGUCACACUUUUUUAUGUGAUGAUUGUUUGCUUGUACAUGAAACCAACCUCUUCAUAUUCUCUGCAAGAGGCCAAAGUUCUCUCUGUAUUGUAUGUUAACAUUGUCCCAAUGUUGAACCCAAUUAUCUACAGUUUGAGGAAUAAAGAUGUGAAAAAAGCUUUGGAGAGGUGCACACGUUGCUAUUGGUAG